UCGGAGUUCCGAUAGUUAGCGGUCCUCUGGCACCUAUAGCAUUUUGCAGCAGCCUCAGCUCGCUCUGCGACUGUUGUUAGUGUUAAAUCUGUAUUGAGUCUUAUUUCGCUUAUUUCUGAAUAAGGGAAAAAAAAAGGGUGAAAGGAAGGCUGAGGAAUGGAUCUGAGUUCAGGAAUUCAGAAGAUGUCUAUUAGCCAGCAACAAUCAGGAAGAGGCGUGCCUUGCUUAAGAUGUAAAGGGAUGUGCACAGGCUUUGAGCCACAUUCUUGGAGGAAAAUAUGCAAGUCAUGCAAAUGCAGCCAGGAAGAUCACAGCCUCAGCUCUGAUGCAGAAGAUGAUCGGAAAAUUGGCCGCUUGCUCUCAGAUUCAAAAUAUUCCUCGCUAACUGCUCGGGUGAAAGGAGGUGAUGGUGUCCGUAUCUAUAAAAGGAACCGCAUGAUCAUCACUAAUCCUAUAGUGUCCCGGAAAGAUCCGACUUUUGAUACUGUUACAUAUGAAUGGGCUCCCCCAGGACUCACUCAGAAACUGGCUACCCAGUACAUGGAAUUGAUUUCAAAAGAAAUGCAGCCAGUGGCUGGUACAGAAGGAGCUUAUUAUCGGCGCAGGAGGAUGAUGAGACAGCUUCCUAUUUAUGACCAAGACCCUUCCCACUGCCGUGGUCUUUCUGAGAAUGAAGUGAAGCUGAUGGAAGACUUUGUGAAGCAAUAUAAAAGUGAGGCCCUUGGAGUUGGAGAGGUUGCUCUGCCAGGUCAAGGAGGUGCCACCAAAGAUGAAGGGAAGCAACAUGAUAAAAAUGUCCCUGCAAACAAGGAAGCAGCUUCAACCAAUGGAACGCUGGCAAAUGCUGCCAAGGGACAGGGAUAUUUUUGUGACUGCUGCAAGCAUCCACUGCCCAUGGAAUGCCCUGUGGUCUAUGCAGACCGAGCAGGCUAUGAUCACCAGUGGCAUCCUGCCUGCUUUGUGUGUUCCAAGUGCUCUGAACCACUCGUUGAUCUAAUCUACUUCUGGAACAAUGGAGCCAUUUGGUGCGGGCGCCAUUACUGUGAGAACAUCAGGCCACGCUGCACAGCCUGUGAUGAGAUCAUAUUUUCUGAGGACUACCAGCAAGCUGAAAGCUUCACCUGGCAUAAGAAGCACUUUGCCUGCUUGGAGUGUGAGACAUUGCUUUCUGGCAAACCCUUCAUCCUGGAUGGUGCCAACCUGCUGUGUACAACUUGCAGUAAAAGCAAACAACUUUAAACAGCAUGUGUAUUUUCAAAACCCAAAGUCUGUUUUCUGACUCAGAGAAGAUAUGAUUUAAUGGGCCAGAAAAUGGUAGGGAGUUGGGUCAUAAGGGAAGGAAGUCACUUCAUGUUGGGUUCAGACUUCUUGGGCUAUUCACCAGCACAAACUUAUAGGAAACUGGAUGGAGAAUGAUCACAUGGUGGGAAACAUGCUGUGUGUGAAAUCUAGAAAAUGGAUUGUUCUAGCCCUUUCUAGAGACAUUGAGCAGAACCUAGGAGCCACUGUGCUCAAUUACAGGGGCAGCAUCUUUAUUUGUUUUGGGUUUUUUUUGUUUUUAAAAGCUUUUUAAAAAGCUAAACUAGGCUGUCUAAAGUUAUUCAGAUUCCUUAAUUCGCCUGUCAGAUCUUGCCCCUUAUUAAAGUGCUAUUAAACCCUCAAAUACUUACAGCAGCCAAACUUGUGACUUGAACGGACUGAUAGCUUAGGGAUCAUCUGGGUGAACAAAACAUUCAUAACCCUGGAGUUCGACCGAGGGUUUUCCUUGUUUGUUACAAUAAGCCGCUUCUCAUCUUUUGUUAGUGCAUGAUGACUAUUUGAGUACUGGUAGAUUGCUGUAGUAAACUCUUAACAUCUUAAAACACUGCAAGAGUAGCUUAUGCAGGCUAAUUGGAAACAACGUGGACUGCGCCUAGCAUAUGAAAAUGGUAGCUAUGGCUACAGUCAAAGGAAAACGAGUUAGCCUUUUCCUUCUUAGUUUUAAUUGGCUUUCCUGGAAUAGAUUUUGUCAUUUCUUUUGCAAUGUUUUUGAUCUGCAUAUCCUGCAUAAUAAGUCACCUUUCUUAUAUCUACUCAUGGUAUCUAGAAAAUCUUUUCUGAUUGGUCCUUGGCCUAGUGACCAAUUUGGUUCAUAUUUCAAGAAUUCCUACACAUGCAACUGACCAUCAUAACUGUGUUGGGAAAUUAAUUAUAUUGGAUCUCGAGAAGCAUACAGUUUCUCUACUUGCUGUGAUCUGGUCCUUUCAGAGACUAAGCUCUGGUAUGACCUUCCUCGUUUACCUGAUGAAUUUACUAAUGCUUCCCCAGGGUAUUUUUAAAUAUCUGAACCAGAGUAGUGUUUUCAUUAUGUAUACCUGGAACUACAAGAACCUGUUCUACUUAUUUACAGUACUCCACACAAAGCAGAUGUGGGCUUCUUGUCCACUUAAACACUGAGAUUUUAGGAAAACAGCUUGUCAACAAAGUACUUUGACAUUAAAAUAGUUGUAUUCAUAGCACUCCAACAACUAAGGAUUGGCUUGUCUGAUAAGAACAUAUUGAAAUUUUUAAAGGUCCACCCUGUUUCCUGAUCUUUCCCAUGGUAUUAGUAGUAGGAUUUAUGUUGGUAUUGCAUUUUGAGUUUGCUGGUUUAAGCUUGUUUAUAAUGGAUAAUCUCUAGACAGUCUUUGUGAGUUACAGAAACUAUACUGUGUUACUAACCCUUUAAAUGGUGUUUGAUUCUGCCACCUAGCAACAGUAACCUAUGACUAUACGCAUCUUUAAUAAUACAACAGGAACUGAAAUUACUUGACAGGGAGAACUGGAAAACAAUGUUGAUUUAGAAAUAUAGAAUGUUUACCACAAUUGAUUAAACAUCCACUCAACAAACUUACUUCACUUAAAGAAUGUACAGAAAAAAGCUUGUUUAUGUUAUAUACAAGAUGCAUUUUAAAAACCUCAAAAGAUUUUUUUUUCAUAUACUUGGCUGUAAUGUCUCAAGAUUUUCUUUUCUGGAUGCAGAAUGCUCAAAUGCAAGUACCCAGCAAAGGGGAAUAUCUAGUAGUUCAGCUGCAUUGUAUUAUGACCAAACACAUUAGUACAGACCUUUAAAAAAAAAAACACACACACACACAAACAACCCUUUUUGACAAUGUAUAACAGAUUACCAGCAUAUUCAAUUGGUUUUAUAUGAGUAAAAUGCAUUGCAAACUGGUAGGACUAUUUGGAGCCAUUUUCUCAGUUCAGUGUAUUAGUUAUCCUGAGGAACAUGUUUCCUAACUCUGGACAGAAUCAAUAUAAUUUGAUGUUCUGUUGAUAUUAUUAAUUUGGUUUUUGAAUUAUAUUGAGUGUUUCCAGCCUUAUCUCCCUGUCUAAAAGGCCAAGUUUUCAAACUACUAUUCUUCCAAAUGACACAAGACCCAAAACCUUCUUCCAGCACAGUUACAGUCCUCAGUUCAGAUCUCUUAAAUUGUGUCAAUGCACAUGGAGCUCCUAUCUAGCACAAAGCUUUCAUGCAUUUUACCACUAGACAACUUUGAAAAUCUAGCAGACCCGUCAACUAUAUUCAAAGGCGGAAGCCCUUGCACAGAUGAGAGUUCCACAUACCCAUUAGCAUUGCUGCUCAUUUAGGGAAUCUCUAGGUUGAAAAUAAAAGUAAAAAUCCAGGGUGGCUACUAUUCAAGUUACUCAUUAUCAAUGAUGAGAGGAUUGUAGUACAUGGGCUCAUAUUCAGCAGAGCCAGCAAAGGUAGAUCAGGGGCAUAAUGCAAUCUUACCCGCACAUCUGUACAAGCCCUAUUGAAUUGGACCCCUGUGACCUUUUUUCAUGCUCAUACACUUCAGUGAUCCUUAUACUAGAGAAAAUCUUGUAGGAUUGUACCCCAAGGCUGCAUACUGAAAUGUAUUUAUGAAUAAUUGGUUCCACUGAACACAUUUACAAGCCUAUAACUUGGUCAGUCAAUAGUAUAUAUGGAAAUUGUCUUCUCAGGAGACAUUUGCACUCAAACAGCCCUUCUUAGCAGGUGAUCACUGUUAUAAUAGAACAUUUUAUGUGUAAUUUAACACAGCCCUUGCAUCAUGUAAAGACGAUCAGUAUAAAAUCAGUACAGCACACUUAUUUUUUAAAAAACGUACAAACCCAUUAACUUGGUAUCAAAAGGGUCCUAAUACAAGUGUGCUAUGAAUUUUAUCCUAGUAAUCCCCCCCCCUAAACUAGCAAAUUAGGUUUGGAUCCUAUGAAUGAAUUCUAUACUCCAUAGAUAGUCUCUGCCAUGGAAUGUGCUACCUCUGCUGCUAAAACUUUCAUCUGCGCAAGAUCGGUGAUUUUCAGUACAUGAGCAGAUACAUACAUGAAGUUGCCUUAUACUGAAGCAGACCAUUGAUCCAUCAAGAUCAGUAUUGUCUGCUCA